AUGAUUGGGACCGAAAUGGUCGACUGGUUAAGUAAAAUUGCUAGCGAGAUGCUAGAAUCGGCGAAAACAGCACCGCUGAGUCGAUUUCAAGUGGUUGGUAUGUGGCAAGCGCUGCUUGAGAACGGAAUCAUCGCCCAUGUGAACAACGAACUGCAAUUUGCCGACAAGCACAUCUUUUAUCGUUGGACAAUUGACACGACAAGCAACACGCAUCUGCAGUUGACCACUGGUCUGCUACUAGAUACCGAGCAAGAGGUAGCGCCACAUGUUAGCGAUGUUGCUGCAGCAAUAUUCUUCUUGAGUACUAUC